AUGACGCCUCCGAGGAGCUCCGCGAAGAAUCCUUCUACCCGCUUUCCUUCACUUCGCAGACCUGGGACGCCUUCCUCGCCUCCGAAACCCAGCAAAUCGCCCAGCUCCACCCGGAAUUCCUCCCGCCUCGCGGCCUCCAAUCCACCGACGGCGGGCUCUGGACGCUCCAGGACUACUCCAGCUUCUUCCCCGUCGUCUUCGCUCCCGACGCCUUCGCUCUCUGCGUCUACUGGCACCAGCCCAGCUCGCAGCGCAGCCUCGAAAACCUCGCCUUCUUCGAAGCCCAGCUCGUCAAUUUCCCCGCGCUCCGCGUGCUCAUCGUCGAUUUGUCGCUGUUUCCACAGCUGCUUUGCCAGCUCGACGCCUCGCCGCUUUCCAUCCAGUGCUUCCUCUUCGGAACAUUGGUCGAUUCCGCCGUGGAAGACACCGCGCUCCUCGACGGACCCUUCCGAAUUCCGCCGUCGCGCGAUCGAGCACGAAACCUUCGGCAUUUACCCUCUAAUGAACGAAAUCGCCACCGCGUUAGACGCAGUCUUGCAAAACCUUCACACGGAAUGUGCAGAUGCCGAAAAGGAAAAAAACGCUCUUAAACUUCUUUCGAAAGUACUACAGAACCUGCUCGACCAUCCGGACAAUCCGAAAGUGUACCGGCUUCGCGGCAGCUCCGAUAAAUUGCGCAGACAACUGACCGGAUUGUAG